AUGAACGGGUACCUGCGCAGCAAAUGCUCGUCCGAGCAGCAGCUGCUGAAUGAGCUGGCCAAGUUGCUGGGCGCCAAGGACGUGGCGUCGCGCAAGAUGGCGGACGUACUGCGCGCGCUCACCUUCUUCUACACGUCGGCGGCGCGGGGCUCGCGCAUCCCGCAGUCGCUGCUCAGCGGGCUGUGCAGCCUGCUGCCGCAGCUCAAGGACAAGAAGGAGAUGGUUCUCCUCAAGGACGAGCACCAGCGUAUCGCCCGCAUCGCGCUGUGUCUCCUCGCGCGACUCAUCGACCAGUUCGAGAUCCAGAGGGAGGUGGCAGCCAGACUCACGGACUCGCAGAAGCUCAACCAAGAGCAGAGUGUCGAUCCAGCAGAGCAAGUGUUAAGCAGCUUCCUGGUGACGCUGGAGACGGCAGUGACGACGCCCGCAGGGCUGUUACUGCCCAGACAGCGAGCCACUCUACGAGUGUACGCACAACUGUGUCGGGUUUUCCGCAAAAGGGAGCAACUGGUGACUUUUGCGACGACGCUGCUGCAGCAGUCACCGGUACUGGCUGAACAUGCAGUGGAUGCUAAGGGGAAGAAGGUCGCUCCACCGGGACCUGCACAAUUUGGAGCUGUGGCGGGAGCUUGCCAUGCACUGAGGUUCCAUGUGGUGCAGGAUGAGCAAGUGUUUGCCGUGGAUAAAUUGGUGCAACUCGCCUUCACGAUGCCGUCGGGUACACCCUCUCGACACGCUGCAAAAACGUUGCUGUCACUCUUGACGUCGUCCUCGUUGAAUGAAGACAGACCGUCGAAUGCAAUGACGACAGCGAAGGCGAUUGAGCUGUACUUGCUGAAAGCGCGCCCGCGUACGUUACUUGGUGGCGAUUCCCUGACUUCUGUGUACCUGCUGCGCCUGUGUGGUCAAAUUCAACUAUCGACCGACCAGAACCCAGCUCUUCAAGGAUUUUUCAUCUCAAAUGCACUCUCAGCGCAGCUACAGGACUACUUUACCGACAUUGUCCAAGGUGCUGCGACCGAUGGCUCGCCCGUUAAGGGCAUGGCACCCCCCGCUGUACUUCUAGUGGCUAUCGAGGAGGUGCUGCGUGGAACUUCCCCGGAGGCGAGUGUUCGUAAGCAGCCGAAUUGGGGCUCAGCGUGCCUUUUUGAGCUUGUGGCAGCUGCCUUGCUGCCCCUGCUUCCGACGCCAGCUAAACCAGCCUUCAGUACGGUCACGUUGCAUCGUGUGUGCCGCGCGGUGCAAUUCGUAGCUGAGCGUCUCGAUACAAUCGUACUUCAACUGGGUGCGUCGUCUGGACAGACGAUGGAGAUUCCAGCCUACUUGAACAACCUUACAACUCGCAUCCGCUCGCUGACGGAGCACAGCAAUGCAUUUAUAGCUUGCGAGGCUCUUCGUGCCUAUGUCUGGCUGAUACGGCGUAGUAGCGGACGUGUCGAACCCAACCAAGACGACUGGGCGAACCUCUUUUGGAAACUUGAGGCACUUCCGUUUAACCGAAUUCAGCCAGAACGCCGGGCUGCGAUUGCCUGGACAUUAUUUCGCCGUUGCGUGACCACACCAAAGUCGUAUGGGUAUGGCGUGGAGACAGCUUUGCUUGCUGGAUGCCUUCGCAUAGUGCUCGCGUGGUUUCGAAUGCGGCCUUGUGUCUGGCAAGCUGCUCUGAUGACGGCAAUUUGGUAUACGGCACUUCGAGAGUGCCUGGCGACCUUGGGAGACACUGUGUUUUCAUGCAUUAACGACCUUCUGGACUUUCAGUGUGCUCCUACGGACAGCGCGGCCCCAGACAGCCUCGUGGUGAAGCAAAGUGCUAUGCAAUUCCUAAGCCAUCGAGAAGGAGGGAUGCGAUAUGCUGUUCGG